AUGAGAAGGUGCACAGUGGAAGAGAGACAACAGGAGACGGAGACGACCGGCAGGAUGAAUCUGAGGGGAAGGUCAGCUUGGCCUUGGCAGGUGGCCUUCCUUGUUGCCGUGGUGAUGCUCUGGGUCGACCCGGUGUCUGCAGGCAGUCGUAAUCAUCGGGGACCGACAGUGUCGUAUCAGGUGAAGCAGGGCACGUGUGAGGUGGUGGCUGUCCAUCGCUGCUGCAACAAGAACAAGAUCGAGGAGCGCUCGCAAACCGUCAAGUGCUCCUGUUUUCCGGGGCAGGUCGCCGGCACCACCAGAGCCAGACCCUCCUGUGUGGAAGCAUCCAUUGUAGGCCAGAAGUGGUGGUGCCACAUGCAGCCCUGUAUGGAUGGUGAGGAGUGCAAGGUUCUGCCUGACCUGACUGGCUGGUCAUGCAGCACUGGGAACAAAGUCAAAACCACCAAGGUUACACGAUAGCAAGAGAGCCCCUGAGCCCUACAGAAACCUGAAGGAUGACUCAUACGGUACGAAGGUGGACAACCAUCAAGGAACGGAGCGCUGUCAGGACAUCUGUCACAAACCAAACGGAUAAAAUGCGCUCAAUGAAAACUCUCUGCACCAUUUGGAGCCACACAUGCAGCAUAUUCAUUUAACUUAUUGA